AUGGAGGAUCGAUAUGCACCGCCGUUUUGUUCGUGUGGAUGCCAUGCACCACGACCGCUGAAAUCGAUCGAACCACCGCACGAGCCGUGCUGUUGCUGCGAUUACAAUCCUUUCAGCGACAAUUCAAAAGAAUCAGAGAUCUAUGAUUUGCCGUUUGCCUUGCGAAAGCUGACGGUAAUGAAGUGCCAGAUGAAGAAGUGGCGCAUGGAGCGGUUGCAACUCGAGAGCGAAAAUAGGUCUCUGAAACAAGCCCUACAAUCAUUCGGUGCGAAGCUCGACGGAAUACUUGGUCCCGAUCCCUUGCUCGUGCAUUAUCGCGAGGAAAAUGAAAGGCUGCAAAAUGCAAAUGAGGAACUGGCAGAAAAAGUUCGCAACCUCGAGGAGAGCCUCGCCGAACGAGAUUGCUGCGACGAUCCCUGCGAGAAAGUUAAAUACAUGAGGGAGAAAAUAGCAGCGCUGAGAGAUCGUUUCACUGCCGAAAAGAAACAAAUGCGAGAUACGAUAUCACAUUUUAAGCUGAAACUGGCGGAAGCCGAGGAGGAUACUUCCUGCGCGGCACUAAACCGUUUGAGGGCAAAGCUUCGCGAGUUAAUGAAAGAUGGUCAGAAAGCCGAUCAACAGGUGUCCGUGGUUGUCGAGAGAUCAAUGCAGACGGUGGAUCUCUCAGAGAGCUACGAAAAUCUACGAAUAGAGAACGAGCGACUGCAAGCCGAGUUAAUGCAAAUUCGUCGUUCAAUCAAGGACGUUGCUGUACCGAUUUUAAAAGACAGUGUCGCUCCUCCGUCUAUAGAUGAGGAAGAGAUAGAUACGUCGAUGUUACGGAGCCGUCUUCAGAAUUGCGAAGUGCUUCUGGCUGAAUUGAAAACGCAUUUAGAUGAGAAAACGGCUUAUGCGGAGUCUCUAAAGAGCGAACUUGAAGAGCAGAAAGCUUCUGCCGCAUUGGCAUUAGAUAUGGAUCAGGUGACGGUUAGCCGUAAAGACACGGAGGACGAGAUGGUUGAGAUAAAAAAAGAGCUUUUUGAUGAAUUAAAGCAUAAAGAAGUACGAGAAACACAAGAGGAACUGGAGAGAAUGAAAGAUGAAAAUAACGAAUUGAGAAACGAGAUCGAUAAGUUGAAUGUUAAUCUGCGUCUCCAGGAAGAAAAAUUUCAAGUGGCGCAAGAGGAGCUGGGGGGUGUGAGAGACAAUUUGCAUAGUCUCGGAACUGAGAAUGAAUUCUUGAAGAAGGCAUUGGAAAAUGCUCAAUUGGAGACUAAUGAACUUAAAGAAGAAAAUGUUGUCUUGAAAAACAAUCUUGAUAAUAUGAUUAAGGAAUUGGAAUCUGCGAAAGACGAAAAUAAUAAUAUUAAAGCGGAGGUUGAUCAAUUAUUAUCUGAGAAUAAGCAUCUACGGGACGAGUUAGAGAAGCGAGUGGUGGAGACGGAUCAGUUAAAAUCCGAAAGACCUGCAUUAAAGGACGGUCUUGAUAGAUUACUGGAAGAGAUGGAUAUAUUGAAGAUUGAGAACGACAAACUAAAGAAUGAAAAUAUUAUUGUUAAAGCCGAAAGAGACAAUUUAAAAUCUGAGAAUAUUCUUCUUAAAGAUGAUUUGUCUAAGACAUAUUCAGCAUUAGAUGACGCAGAGAAACAAUUGGACGAGUUCAAAAUCAAGAAUGGAGUUCUUGCGGAAGAAUUGGAGAAGGCUAAUGUAAAUAAUAAUAAGUUAUUCUCAGAUUUUAAUGCUCUGCAAAGCGAAAUGGCAAAGUUAAAGUUGGAAAACAGAAAAUUGUUACAAGAGGUGGAUGAUGGGAAGGAAGAACUAACAAAAUUAUUAUCCAAAAUAGAAAAUCUGAGGAAGGAGAUAGAUGAUUCAGGUAACGAAUUAAUAAGAGUAAAUAACGAAGUUGUAGAUUUGCGGAAGGAAACGGUUGAGUUAAACAAUGAAUUAAAGGAGGCGAAAGAUAUAAAUGAACAAUUAAGGACAGACGUACACCGAAUGGCAGCAGACAACAAAGCUAUUAAAACGGAAUCGGAUAACUACAAAGAUGAAAAUGAUAAGCUGAAGACAAAGGUAAACGAAAUGAAGGAACAAGUAAAUUUAUCGACGGAUGAAGUAAAUAAAUUAAGAAAACAACUUGAGAACGCUGAGAAUCGGGUUAAGUUGCUCGAGCCUCAGAUCGCUAGUUUACAGACUGAUAAGGACGAGGUACAAAAUGAGAUCAACGUUUUGCAAAACGAGAUCAGCAAACUAAAACUAGAUCUUAGUGCAGAAACUGCUGCUAAACGAGACAUUCAGGAAGAGUUAAUAGCAUUGAAGAAUGAAAUGAAAAAUUUGAUCUCGAAGAUCGAUGAAUUGAAAGUGCAAAAUCAUGCCCUAAAAGAAGAGAGAGAUGCCCUCAAGAAAGAAUUGUUGAAUAUGGGCGAGACAUCGGCGAAUUUAAAAAAUACAAAUGCUGAGAUGACGAGCGAGGUUAAUAAUUUAAGAUCGGCUAUAUCUAAACUUCAAUCGCAGAUAUCUAAAUCGGAAGAAGAUAUGGAAUAUUGGAAAAUACAAAAUUGCAAACUCAAGAUAGAUGUAGAUAAGUUAUCCAUCGAGAAUGAAAAGACAAAGGAAGAUUUAAACGUCUGUAAGGUUGAGCGACAACCGUUAGAGAAGGAGAUAAUUAGUCUUAGGAAUGAAAAGAUUAAGCUUGAAGGAGAAAUUACAGAGCUUAAAAAUCAACUGGAAAGACUAAACCUGACUUCAUUUGCCGAAAAAUCUGCUAAAGAAAAGGCUGUGGGAGAAUUGGCGAAAGUCAGCGACGAGGUCAUUGCACUGAGAGAAGAACUUGAAGCAUUGAAAGCUGAAUUGACUAAAUUAAGGACGGAGAAUGAUAAGAUGAGAGGCAGAGAAGAUAAUCUGUCGCGUCAAGUAUCAACGUUAAAAAUAGAACUUGAAAAUACAAAAAAUGAGAUAUUAGCUUUGAGAGCUGAUAAUGACGCAUUAAAGUCGAGAACAAAUACAUUAAUAAUUGAGAACAACGAAUUUAGAAAUGAAUCAACGAAACUAAUAUCCGAAGUUGAUGAUUUGAAAUUAAAAAACAUAAAUUUGACAAAAGAGCGACAGAAAUUUGAAGAAGAGUAUAAUAAACAAAAAAGCGAGGAUGAUAAACAGAAAAUUGAAAUUACAACUUUGACAUCAAAUCUGAUAGCUGAGCAAGUGUUAUCGAAACAAAUUAGGUCAGACUUAUCUAUUAGCCAAUCGGAAAACGAUAAAUUAAAAGUGGAUUUAGAAAAGCUGCAGAAAAAUAUGGAUGCAUUUGAACUAACAUAUGAAAAGUUGAACGAUGAAGCAAAAAGUUUAAGGGAAGCAUCGAUCGAUGCGCAGGACAAAAUGAACAAGUUACAAUAUCAUGUGGAUGCAUUAUUAGAAGAGAAAAAAGCGCUUCUGAGCGAAUUGGACGGUUUACGAAUGGAAGUGAGUAGAUUAGGUAAAGAAGUUAUAUCGAAUAAAACUGCUAAGGAAGCUGCUGAGAAGGAGAUGAUCGUUCUAGGCGACGAAUUAUCAGCGCUGAAGACAGAAUUGGAUAAAAGACGCGCGGAAAACGAGAGUUUAGAGAAGGAGUUGAAUGAUAUGAAUAAACGAUAUGCUGGAUUGGAGGCCGAAAGUGUCGUUCUGAGAACCGAAAAUACUAAAAUAGCGAUAGAACUCGAUUCCUUCAAGGAUGAUUUAAAUAUAUGCCGAGAGGACAACGAGCGGCUAACGAUCAAGUCAGCCACUUUGGAAGAUCAAGUGUUGGUGUUACGGACGGAUUUGAGAAAAUCCGAGAUUGAAAACGACAAAUUGAUGAAGGAAUGUAGCAGAUUACAGGACGAAAACAGGGACACGAGUGCCGAGUUGAAUAACGCUCGGAUCGAGUUGAAUAAAGUGAAAGAUGACCUAGAAAGAUCAUUGAUAAAACAUGAUAAAGUGCAGCAAGAUUUAGAAAAAUUUACGAUAGAAGAAGAGGAAUUGCAAGAUGAUCUGAUAAGAGCGCACAGCGAUAAAUUAAGAGAAGAUAUCGAGAAAUCGAAAGACGACUUUGCAAAAGAUAUGGACGAUAUCGAUAGGCUAAGAGACGAAUUAGAAAAAUUGACAAUUGAAAAUGGUAUUCUAAAAACCAAAAAUGCGGACCUGAAAUCCGAAUUGGAUCGUUGUCAAGCAGAGAAUAAGCAUUUGAAUAAACAGCUUGACAAUUUGCAGAAUGAAAACAUUAGAUUACUAAAAUCUCCUAUUUCUCCUGUUGAAGAGGCUGGCGUGAUUAAACCGGAUGAAUGCGGCGACUUCGUUAAGGCGAAUGAAUUACUAAAGAAGCAGAUUGAAAAGCAAUAUGACGCCGUACAACGUGUACGUGAUUACAUACGCUAUGUAGAUGGUAAAAUUCCUACGAAACCCGCAAUGGCGACGACGCUGGACGAUGACUUCGAGAUUCUGCGUUGGACGGUGCCAUCCAUCGUAGAAGCGUUAAAAGAAUCUCAGAAACUGUCCGAGAAUAUUUAUCUAGCGGAAAUCGAAGUGCAAAACAUUGAUAAACUAUUGGAACUGCUUAACCAAUGCAAGAGAGAUAAUGAGAAUUAUAUGAAACAACUAUUGGAGCUUGGUGUAGAAGUUACCAAGGUUGCAGGUGUGGAUAAUGGCGAUGAGCUUGCAGCUUUUGACCCUGAAUCUUGGUUGAAGUCUUUGACGUUGACGCAAUUGGCCGAGCUGCACGACAAGAUUUGUCUAUUGACUUCAAACAUGGUGCAACAAGACAGCGGUCCCGCGGCCUACGAUCGAUCGGCGAUUAAUUGGGACUACGGCGGCGAUCCGCUGCAAGCGGAUUACGACGCUUUAAACCGGCGGAUCGCCGCCUUGCAGAAGCAAAUAGCCGAGAAGCAGAUUGAAGCGGGGUGGAAGCUGCAGGAAUUAAGACGAGCUCUCCGUCUCGAGCAGGCUAAUCUGAUUCAAAUCUCCGACCGGAUGAAUCUCGAAAGAAGACGCAAUUUGGCUCUCCAUCUCACCAUGAAUGAUUAGACGUGAAGCUUUUUAUACUCGAUUAUAUACAAUUACGC